CGGCCAUGAUCCCGAUCCCGGUGGUGGUGUGCGUGCUGGGCGGCUGGUGCGCCAUCUACCUGGCGGACACGCUGCUGAAGUCAUCCAGCUCUUUGAAAACAUCUUAUGAAGACUGGCUGCUGACAUAUGGCCUGAGUGUCUCUCCUUUUCACAUGCGAUGGCAAACUGCUCUCUUCAACCGACAGUUCUACAACUGGGGGCGCUGGAAACCCAGAUUUCUUUAUCUAUGGUUCAGCAUAGGGAUGGUGUUUGGUAUUGUUGCCAUGUUUGGAUCUGUUAUUCUUCUUGGAAAAACACUGAUGCAAACACUGACCCAGAUGCUAACUGAGGCCCCCAAAGCCCAGAAUGACCGUAUGCUGCAAGUUGUGGUGCCUGGUGUAAAUUUGCCUGUCAGCCAGCUGGCCUAUUUCUUCUCUGCAAUCCUCAUCAGUGGUGUGAUACAUGAAGUCGGCCAUGGGGUGGCAGCGAUUCGAGAACAAGUACGGUUUAAUGGAUUUGGGAUUUUUAUCUUCAUCGUCUAUCCUGGAGCAUUUGUUGACCUCUUCACAACUCACUUGCAACUUAUAUCUCCAGUCCAGCAAUUAAGGAUAUUUUGUGCAGGAGUGUGGCAUAAUUUUGUCCUUGGUGUUGCAAGUCUUAUAGUUUUGUUUCUGCUACCAGCCAUUCUUUUCCCUUUCUAUUACACGGGUGUUGGGGCACUUGUCACCGAAGUCACAGAGGAUUCUCCUGCCAAUGGACCAAGAGGCCUUUUCGUGGGAGAUCUUGUCACUAGCCUGCAGGACUGCCCAGUUUAUAGUGUGGAAGACUGGAAUUACUGCCUGGGAGACAUUACACAGAAGUCACAGAUUGGCUACUGUAUAAAUGCAGCAACCCUACAGCAAUUAAGUUUUCCAGCCAGAGUCUAUAGAAGACUUGAUGGCACAGUUGAAUGUUGUAGUAACAACAGCCUCACAGACAUUUGCUUUUCGUACAGCAAUAACUUGGACAGCCUCUUGCAUGCCUGUCUGCCAGCACGAAAGGCGAUUGAGGCCAGCCAAGUGUGUCGAACCAACAUGGACUGCCAGAAGGACUUUGUUCCAAGCUUGUGUGUCACUCCUUCUUUAGAGAACCAGACAAGACUCAUCAGGGUAAAACAUCCACCUCAUAUUGACAUGCUGUUUGUAGGACACCCCAUGCAUCUCCAGUACACAGUAAGUCUCAGCAGUUUUGUACCACGACAUAACUUUCUAAGCAUCGAUCUGCCUGUGGUGAUAGAGACAUUUUGCAAGUACCUGAUUUCACUGUCAGGAGCGUUGGCAGUUAUCAAUGCUGUACCCUGCUUCGCGUUGGAUGGUCAGUGGAUAUUAAAUUCAUUCCUGGAAGCUACUCUGAGCUCACUGAUUGUGGAAAAGCAAAACAGGGAGCUUGUUGGCUUUUUAAUUUUACUUGCUGGCAGUGCACUUCUGGCUGCCAAUGUUGCACUAGGACUUUGGAUGGUAACAGCCCGGUAGGACAUUGGGGAUGCUUCCAUCAGUUUUCA